AUGCCUAAGAGAGGAGCGGGUGCUACCACUGGUGCUAAGUUCAGGAUUACCCUCGGUCUGCCCGUCGGCGCCGUGGUCAACUGCGCCGACAACACCGGUGCCAAGAACCUGUACGUCAUCUCCGUCAAGGGCAUCGGUGCCCGCCUCAACAGGCUGCCCGCUGCCGCCUCCGGCGACAUGGUGAUGGCCACCGUCAAGAAGGGUAAGCCCGAGCUCAGGAAGAAGGUCACCCCCGCCGUCAUCAUCAGGCAGAGGAAGCCCUUCAGGCGGCAGGAUGGUGUGUUUAUUUAUUUCGAGGAUAACGCUGGCGUGAUCGUGAACCCCAAGGGCGAAAUGAAGGGCUCCGCCAUCACUGGACCCGUGGCUAAGGAGUGCGCCGAUCUGUGGCCCCGUAUUGCCAGCUCUGCCGGCACUGUUGUGUAA